AUGGGUUUGAGCCGUUUUGCGAUUUCAAAUGCAACAAAACAGAUAUUGAAGCUAAACUCAUUGGCAAACAGAAACCGAACAUCAUCAUCAUCGGAUCAUGUCCCUAAAGGGCAUGUGGCAGUGUACGUUGGAGAACAGAUUGAGAAGGAGAAGAAGAGAUUUGUGGUUCCAAUAUCGUAUUUGAAUCAUCCUUGUUUCAGAGAGUUUCUUAGUCGAGCAGAGGAAGAGUUUGGAUUCAAUCAUCCAAUGGGAGGCUUGACCAUUCCUUGUAGAGAAGAAGUGUUUCUUGAUCUUAUUGCUUCUCGUUUACAAUAA